AACGUAACCCCUAGCGGUAGAUUAAACGACAUGCGCACCACAUACCAAUCCACUGCCGCAUCCUUCAAGAUGCAUCCGUUCUCAAUUGAUCAUUGAUUGCUAGUUCCGCAAAAUGAUUAAUUCUCGACCCGAUAGAUCUGAGUUAUUCGAAAGCUUGUUUUCAGUUUUAUCGAUUCGCGACUAAAAUUGAAAGUGUUUUAAAUGGGUUAUAUGGGUUUUUUGGUUUAUUAGGGUUUGUGGAGGUUAAAAAGAUGGAUCGGAAAUAUCAGAGAGUGGAGAUGGGGGUGGGUGCGUUUCAUCACCCACCGAGAGCAAAAUACAGCGAGGAAACGAAGAAUUUGAUCAAACUUCUAAUGGAAGAAUCCAAAGUGAGUAUGAUGAAAAGAAAAUCUAUCGAAGAAGCGAUGAACAAAGGUGAAUGCUUGCCAGCUGCCGCGGAAAGAUCGGAAACAGGAUCGAAUAAGCAUAAUUUAGGAUAUCAGGUUUUAAUGCCUACCGUUUGGAAGAAACGAUCGCAAGAUACGAUUAUUAAAAGCGGCGCGUAUGAGAGGGAACAAUAUAGAAGAACGUCUCCUUUACGUAAUACAGAAAAACAAAAGCGUCAUUUAGCAUGCAUGAUGGCGUAUGGAAAGGACAUGCCAGAAACUCCUCGUGGUCCAAGGAUUCUUCAUAAAGCGAGACGAGAACCACACUUUCCUGAUACCAGUGAUCCCAUCGAUGAUUUGGUUCGUGGAAUUCAAGAAAGAAUGGAGUUUUUAAGCGACAUGGAAUGUCUUGGGAUGGGGAAAAAAUAUCGUCUUACAAUACAACAAGAAAUAGCGCAUAAAUUACGAUUAAUCGAAUCUGUGGACAAGCAGAGAUCGAAGGAAAUUCGAAAAGAGAUCAGAGAACUUGAAAGACCAUUGCCAAAACCAUUUCCUUUAGGAGAGCUAGAUGACAAUUAAUAAUUUUUAUAAUUCACGGCCUUUUAUACUUAACCAAUUUAUAUUUUUUAUAAAGUUUACAGAACAUAUAUUAUACAGUAUUUUAGAUAAACCGAUAGGUAUAAUAAAAUAACAAAACGUCAAUAUAUACAAUAUAUUAUUUUACUUAUAUAAAACUGUCGGAGGACAAGCAAUUCGUAUAACUAGAAUUCACAUUUUUUGUUCGUAUAAUGGACAGUGUGUUCAUAUAAUUAGACACUGACUAAAAUUUCACUGAAAUAAAUGGAGUUUUACGAUGUUUUUACACAAGUUUUUCAUAUUUCGAUAAUUUACAAUUUCAAUUUAUACGUAUAGACGUACAUAUUCGAUAUACUGAAUAUUUAUA